AUGUGCUUCAGGCUCAAGAUUUUCACUGUUGUCAACCUCAAUCGAACCCUCGGCGCAGUUUUCAUUGGAGAGGUGUUUGCCGCGAUACUGUUCGGCAUCACCUCAUUGCAGACCUUCAUCUUCUUCAAAGGAAACAUGCGAGACAAUCCGGCGUUCAAGUCACUUAUCGCAUUUUUAUGGUUCUUGGACUGCCUCCAUUUGAUUUUCAUGGUUCAUGGGAUCUAUCAGUACCUAAUAGCCAAUUUUUCGAACGUCGCUGCCUUGAGCGAACCAACGUGGAGUUUACUGGCGAGUAUUGUCAAACUUCUCGAGACUCAAUUCUUAUUUCGUCGGCUUUCAGGGCCAAGUUUUUUUGACAGCGAGCUCCGUCGUUGCGUCCUGGCGAGAUCAAACCAUAUAUCCGUUGUCCUCUGCAGUGUCUUUGCUAGGAGAAUCUGGCUCUUGAGUGGCCGCAAAAACCUGCUCCUCUUCGUGAUACUUUCCUUCUCUCUUUUUGUAUUCGCAACGGGCAUAGCAUUUGCUGCCCGCGGUUUCGUCGACGGAUCCUAUGCUCGGCUUAUUCUAGAAUCAAAGUGGUUAUUGUACACGGCUCUGGGUGGAAGUGUCAUUGCGGAUGGCCUCGUUACCACUUCCCUUUGCAUCCUCUUGGACCGAAGUCGCUCUGGGCACAAAUCGACGGAUUCAUUGGUCAACGCACUGAUUCUCUAUACUAUCAAUACCGGUCUCCUAACUUCAUUAUGCGCUACGGCUUGCUUCGUAACUUUUGCCAUUUGGCCACACGAGUUCGUAUUCAUGGGCAUCUACUUCGCCCUUAGUAAAUUGUACCUCAACAGUCUUCUUGCAAUGCUCAACACUCGCGAAAUUCUGAGGAGAAAACAUUCGGGAAUUGUCACGAUCCCGCUGUCGCCCUCGUCUAUUGAAUCUCCCAGGAUGCGCUUCAUCGCUACGAAUGCAAGUACCGCUCCCGCUGAGACUACAUCGACGCUGGAACACGGAUGCCCAUCGAAUGAGAGUCAGCUUGUUAUGGAUUCGCCUCCAGUGGUUGUCGGGAAUAGCAGGUUCUUCGCCCAGUCAUAUUAG